UGUGUGCGUGUGACUAUUAAUAGUUCUCUGAUCCUGUGGCUGUUGUCAGUGUGUGUGUGUGGAUCUGACUUGAUGGAGACAGGCAGCAGUGGCUCGCAGGUCUGAAGACACAACAGAGGCAGCGAUGAACCGACAAGGUUUUGGUGGAGCUGCACCGUCCGUGAACUUCUCCACGAGAACACCAGAAACCACCAUCAAUGGACGCUCACCCUCAGAUCUAACGGAUGAGGAAGUAGACGGUCUACGCUAUGAACUUGCAAAGGCAGAGGAUGAAAUUCAGACUUUGCGGCAGGUGCUUUUGGCCAAAGAAAAAUAUGCAACAGAUGUCAGGAGGCAGCUUGGUUUGAGUCCCAUCGGCAACAUCAAACAGAACCUGUCCAAAGGCUGGCAGGAGGUGCAGACAUCCGGCCCAUAUCUCUCCGCCUCCGCCACCCUGGACGACAUCAGCCGCUCCAACGUGUAUGUGAGGACACGGGACGGUCUCUCUCAAGCAGGACAUGCGACGACCUCUGUGCUGUCCAAUGUGGGCGUGGCCAUCACCAGGAGACUGGCAGAGAUGAGAGCUCUGCCUCUCCCGAGUCCCCCCCGAAACCUGAGCCACACCAUCAGUGUCCCGAGCAUGAGACACUCGUCUACUUUCAAGUCCUUUGAGGAAAUGGUUGGGACUGUGAAGGAUAAGGUGACGAGUAGUGCCGACAUGUCCGGGUCAGAGAGAAGAUCCUCACGCCACAGCUCAUGAGAGAACACACCACAGUUCUAUAAUUUUCAUACCUUGUAAAGUAAAAAAAAACAUUUCAUUUGACCUCCCUGUCCGUGCUCAAAGUGUCCACUGUUAUUUCUCACUCCUAAUUAACUCAGGAUGACAAAUAGAAUGUAUUGAAUUUGUAAUGUGACCUUCUUUUAACCCUCAAAUAGUUAGGUUUUUAAUAGGUUUCAUAUAUGCAAUUUGUGUAAUUUUAGAUAUGAGCACAGUAAACUAAUAAUCUGAAUCAUCUGCACUAUGCACCCACUGCCAUCAAUUGUAAUUAAAAACAAGUAUUUUUGUACUUGAUUUGUACUUGAUUUUUCAUUAAAGUACAUUGGAUGGUU